AUGCCUGCCUCAACAGCCAGCAGCUGUCUGACGUACCCGCUAAACGCCGCUGAUGCCGCUGCCAUCACGACUGACGGCGGCAGCGACAAUGACGCCUCUACCCCACCCAGUGCUGCCCUCGCCAUAGCCGAGGUCAAUGGCACCGAUAAGCCCAUCGAGCUGGGGGGUAGAUGGACGGCUGUGCGAGACACCAGGGAUGAACGCGCACCGCCUCGGGUCACUGGCACAGUAAAGUCUGAAACGGCGCUAGCAAACCUCCUCGCUCUGUGCCUCGACCGCAUUCACCGCCUUGAAGAGCGUCAGGCGCGCGGAGAGGCGCUGCAGAACAGGCUCGAUACUUCCCUACACGCGCUGCUUACACAAGCACACAGAGAGCAGCAGCAGCAGCAGCAGUCAUCUGGCCCAGCAGCUGUAGAAGAGCACCGCGCUCACGGUGCAGGAGAUGCGAACAGCAGCGAAGCAUACGAUGGUGAGUGUAACGAGCCGUAUCAUCGCAGCCGCCAGACCACCAACAACAGCCACAACAAUUGUGAUCGAGCAACAGCGGCAGCGACAUCAACAGCGGCAUUGAAGUCGCACUCGCAGCAGCGCCGCCGCCAGCACGGCGCAGACGAGCCGGCCUCUUCUUUGGGGUCGCCGACGCCGGCAGACGCAGCUGCACCUACUGCAAGCACAUCCGCGAAGGGAAGAGAAGAGGAUGACGCCCUCACAAAGAACGGCGCUGGAAGCCAACAUCACCACCACGAGAGCCUUGGCGCUGUUCCUUCGCUGUCCCCUGCUAGCUUUGCUAACACCAAGUGGAAGGAGGUGAGCAGUGGUGCCGAUGCAGGUAUCGGAGGCGGAUGUGCGCGUGCUAUCCUCUCCACGACUUCCUCCAGCAGCCACUGCAAUACACUCACAGCAUCGGUGGUGGUAGCGAGUGACAGCACCAACGAGCCGCCGAUGGUGUCGCACUUGGGCGCCUCUCUCGGCGUCUGUCGCCUGCGGCAGAGCUCCCUCGUCACUGUUCUCCGUCCAACGCACACGUCGCAAGCGGAGGCACACGCCAUCGCUGCCGCCGCCGACACGGUGUCCACACCCGUGCAGGUCUCCUCUGGUAAUGCCACCGCAGCGUCAACGUUGAUCUCUGCUGGUGUCAGCAGCACCCCUGCAAGCGCCACGCCAAUGAGCGGCUUAGCAUGGGCAGUACCAAUGGUACUGCUCUCUUCAUCAGAGAACUCGUGCUGCUCCACACCGGUGGAAUUCCAGAUGUCGAUUCGUCCGCCAUCUCAGCAGCAGCAACACUCCCCCACGCAGCCAUCGGCGGAGGAGGAGAGGCCAUCGUGUCUCAGCGGGCCCCUAGCAGAGCGCGCUGUCGAGGCCGCAUAUGAUAGGCCAGACGUUACUUCUUCAGCGCAUCAGGAGCAGCAGCGUGGCAGCCGACAGAACCUACGCUCGCCGCUCACGCAGGUGCCACCCCUCAUCGAUCACCCCCAGCAGCAGCAAGCGCAGCUCCAUCCACAGACACUCCAUCGAAACAGUGAGGAGUGCGAGGCCCGCGAGUCCGCUUCUUUGAGGGUUUCCCCCACGGCUACACGCGGUUCCGGCAGUACCACGGCCAGCUCCGCCGCAUACACCGGAGCUGAGCUGGACGCAUUCUACCAGGCGCUGAGCACCUCCCGCCCUGGCACACCUUUCUUCACCUCCUCAGGCUCAGCAGCCGCCACUGGCAGCCGAGCGACCGUGACGGCGCCUCGUAAGGUGCCGUUCCCUCCCGGUACGGACAAUACCACCGCCAUCAAUGAGUUGUUCGCCCAGACGGUGCUGAACACGAUGGAUGUGACGAGUAUAAAGGAUAACUUCACGACCCUCGUGCACAGUGUGCAUGAGGAGCAGGAGAAGCGGCAUCGCUUUCAGCGACGCGUAGGGUCAGCCGUCAAGGAACUGUUUCGACGAGUCCUGGCCAUGUCGUCCAUGGUGUCACGGCUGCAGCGGAGAGUGCGGCAGCUAGAGUCGGGGGCAGGCAGCGGUGGCGCCGCUGAGGCUGCAGACUGGCAUCACCACCACAGCAGCCACCGCGAGCGUCGUGGUGCGGACAACAACAGGAGCGCCGGCGUCAGUGACCAGGACGAAGACGGCGCUACUUUCGAUGGUGACAUCGACAACAGUGGGAGCGAGCGGCACGAACGCUUCUGCGCGUCCCUCUCGACGGCCUCUGUGGCCACCUCGCGUAGCCGCAGAGCCAGCAGUUAUAGGCGCAGUAUCGGUGACCGCUCGGGGAAUGCCAGGUACGCGGUCGUCGCGGUGCCGUUCUCCUCGUCUCGGUCACUCUCGGUUGGAUGUGAGCGCGCCCCGCCGGCCGGUCGUUCGCCGCGGCUUUCAUCGCUCACCACGCAGUGCUUGACGGGCGUGGCGCGCGGCGAGGCCAUGCGGAGCCGCGGUGGUGCUGCUACCACGGGCACAGCCACCAACACACCAGCAGUCGAUGGUGUGGACAUCGCGUGGGUGGCACCAGCCACAGUCACACCGUGUGUGAGUGCAGCAGCUGGUGCCUCUGUGGGACCGCUACCUUUGGCAGGUAGUACGGUCCCUCCCAAGAUGAUCUCCAGCAGUACGUCCCUCCAUUCCUCAAUCACCAAUACCACAACGGCUACGACGACGACGACAUCACGAGCAGCCAGCGCGAUGUUGGUGCCGCAGUCGGUGGUGUCAUCCUUGGCGAGUGCGCCACAGCAGGAGCGCACGCCUUUGCCGCUGUGGUUGCCGCCCAUGAUGUUGGACGCCAACACUACAGCGAGUAGGAGCGGCGCCGUCACUAAUAAGUCACCCAUCGUGCCGUCGCUUUCGAUAACGGACGCGCGCCUUGACAUGGCGUCUUCCCUGCACGCGAGCACCACCGAGGACGAACGUGCUGCUCCGGCGGCAGCGACGGCGACGGGCCGUGGCAGCGCUGGCACCUGCGCAGAGAGUGCAAACAGUUGGGCAACUCCUGACGGCAACGGGGGUGGUGGCGAUCGUGCAUGGCAGUCGCCAGAGGUGUACACUAAACACCAUGACAACGAGAAGGUCACGGAGACGCUGGAGGAGCAGUCGCGUAUCGCGCUACCGCCACAGCAACAACAGCGUCGCCGCGACCUAUUCGGUGGGCCGUCCGCUCCAUCGCCGGUUCCGCCAUCCACCUCCUCACGGCGCCGCCGACACAAACGCAACGUGCAUCAAGCAGCCUCCACAGCAAGGACCGUGACAGUGGUGCCAAUACCCAUCGUCAGCGGGUCCCAGCACUCUUUCCCGAGUGCGCGGCACUUAUCCGUGCCGCUGCCGCCGACCACCACCACCACCUCGUCGCGUACGAGCCCCGCGUGUGCCUCCGCAGGCACGAGCUCUGCUGCUGCUGCUGCUACUGCUGGCCAGGCACCCCCUAACAUUCAACUAACACCAGAGAAGGCUGCUGCGUGUCACAGCAGUAGCGGUACCACCGGCGUGGCAUCGCAGCGCCUGUUCAAUGCCCUGCACAGCGAGCACCGCGGCGGCGCCGUCGCCGAGGUGAGGACAGCCUUGGACGCCGCCGCUGAAGUCAGUGACGGCUGCCUCAAGAGCACACCGCGCGUUGGGGUGCAUGGUGGGCGAAGCGUUGUCUGCGCCACGCACCAAAGUGACGGUAGUGCCACCGAUGUCGGCAAUACAGAGACCACUUCCAUCGCCAACUCUCCUGCAGCGUCGUCGGCGUCCUGCGUUUCCCCACACACCCUGACCGGCUCAGUUGCCAGCCUUGCGCGCUGCACGUCGAGCGCGGCGACAGCGACGACGCUGGCUUGGCUGGCAAACAAACCGGCAACAGCCGGGCCACGACAACGGCAGCAACGGAGAGGAGCCAGCAUGGCAAAGGAGCCGCCCGGGUGGCGACAGGCGAGGCAGCCGCGGGGCGCCUUUAUCUCUUCCCCCGCCGCCACACCCCGCAGAGAUGUGGGAGAGAACACCUGCAGUACGUACGCGAAGCGCGAGGACAAGAACGAGGCUGCUGAAGUGGAGUUGAUGGACACGGCAGGUGGCAUUCCCCUGCAAAGCUGCGCAAGUCUCCCCACAUGGCGCAACGCGGCCAUCAGCGCAUCACCCACGCACAGCAGCAGCGAUCGAAGCCGCAGCUUGCAUCCUCAGCGCAGUCUACUAUCGUCGUGGCUACAGAGCCCUCCUGUUCGGGUAGCAACCGCCGCGGGCGGUGACGACAAGACCAUCCUGCGGAGUCCCGCCACACCGGCCAGUAUCACUGCCAUCCUCGCCGGUGGUGAGGGGCUGUGCCAAUGCUCUGCUGGCCCACAUCAGUCCCAUAGCAGCAGUGGUAGCUUUGUUUCCACACCGCAACGGCGGCUGAACGCGCAGCUCGGCCAUUCCCUAGCCCCCGCCACCGCAGUCGGCGCGGAAGGGAUGAGCUUCUCCUCGCCUAAGGAACGGCUCGGCCCGAUGCAGCCCGUUCAUCCCGUCGCCGUCGCGCAUCAUCCCCAGCAGGAGCUGCAGACGACUGCCACCGCUCACCAGGCGAGGAAGUGGACCUCGACUCGCUUGCUGUCGUCGGCCACGGUGUCGGGGGUUCUGCCAUCCGUCCCAAUGGCGGCGUCUGCUCAGUCUGCCAGCAACUUCUUCCGCACCAGGGCGAUUCCCCUCUCCCCCAGUAUGGCCCACCCGGCCUCGGUGGCGUCGCCCUUAGUAACUGACAUCUCCGCGUCGCCGGCGGUGGUUGGUACUGAUGGCAGCGGCGUGACCGCUGGUCACCUUUCGGCACGCCUCGCGCAGCCCAUGUCGCCGCUCUCAUCGACGAGCCGUCUCAAGCAGUGCCACCACCCACACCCCACUCAGGUCUUGCACCUCAGCACCAGCACCAGCAGCAGCAACACCAUGAGCACCUCCCUCGCGGCACCGUGCACGCUGCCUCCCAUGCUACCGCAGGACCACCCACCGAAGCUAGCGCAUGCGCAAUCUGAUGACGCGUCGGUGCUCUCGCAGCAUGCAGUCGUGCGCCCCCGUAGCGCCGCCGCAGCCGCCCUCAUGCAGACGGCGAAUACGCUACCAAGCGGGGUCGUGUCCCCGCCCUCGUCGUCGUGGUCGCCGCGCCUGACACCCUUGAGUACUUCGAGGCUCACCAAGCCAGUGUCCUCAGCAGCAGCAUCAGCAAUGUCAGUGUCAUCGAAGUCGAUGCGAUCAGCCUACGAGGCUGAAACUUCGGCAAGGGCACCCGUGACCCCGGACGGAAAGACACAGAAGCCGAGCAACGCUGCCAAGGUCAGUGGAAAGGGAGCGCAGGGGCUGUCAAGCUCGCCUCUUACGGGCUGCGAUGAUAAGGCUGCGGCAAGACGUGUCGUGACGCAGCAGCCAAAGCCACGCUCGUCCUCUCUCCUGGCCCACGGCCCGUGCUUAAGCCCCCUGAAACGGACACCUGAUCCCAGCCACCUCCACGAGCGGUGGCUGCAAACACCGAGCUCUACGCGCGCCAGAGGUAGCAGUCGACGACCUCGCGCCGGUCUACCGCCGCCGCUGUCUGUGGAGACUCUCUCCGACGCGUCCGGCUCCGCGCCGCCUGUGCCCAACGUGGGGACAACCCAAAUGACGUACGUCGACAGAGACACCGGGAAGGGCGAUAUAGGCCACGGUGGAGGGCAGCUGUGCUGCACUGGUGACACUCUUCACUGUUGA